UAAGAAUCAAACUUGGUUGAAUGGCAGUACAAAGACCACCAAAAUCAGAGAGGGUGAUGCGUAAUCGAUAACAGUGCAUAUGCUCCUUUACGGCACCGCAGGGAUUUCGCGCUGCAAGCAUCUGGUAACGUUGAGCCUUCUCUUUCAGCGUUCGCUGUGCGCUAAGGAAUUCGUCGUCGUCGCCGGGAGAAAAAAAUGAAACGUUCAUGCGCUGCGCUGACGCGGGCGAUUCGUGCUGCAUGAUCCGACAUGGUUGAAACCCUCAACCGCCUGAAAAAAAGAUGCGGGUGGGCAGUCGUAGCAUUGUGACAGUUCGCUGAUCCCCCGCCGCGGUGUUCUCACGAUGCCGCCUCACUGAACUCCAUCGAAUUCGUCGUUUGCUUUUGGUCGUGUUCAGCUCCGAGUUCCCCGCCUCGGGUUCAGUGAUUGCGCGUGCGGGUCGUGAUGGUUUCGGAGAUGUGAGGCAACUAUGUAACCACCUACAAGGCUCAGAAAAGACGCGCAGGUGCGCGGCGCCGUGCACUGAAGCAAAGACUCCUUGCAGCGCGCGCCAUCGAUUCAUUCCAUGCUUUAUCCAGUUUUUUUCCCAGCGUUGACUUCGCAGACACGCACCCAACAAGGCAUGAAGAAGCGUUCGGAGGAAAAUGACAGACCUGAGGUCAAUGGGCCGUUCCUGUGGAUUCAACUUGGAAGGUUUACAAAGGACGAAGUGCUUGCUCCAUUCACGAGAGAUGCUAUAAACGAAUCUUAAUUUUAAGUUCACGUUACUGUAAUAAUAGCGUGGAACCAAUUCUUUCGGGAAAUUAGUACGCUUCAGUGAUGGUUUAUACGAGUCCUUGGAGUAUACCCCAGGUGAUAACUUUUUCGGUUUCAUUAUUUAAAAGUGGUCUUACUAGCAGUGGUAGUAUUUCGUCAAUGACCGCUUCACAGUUUCCAGUGUAACGGACCUACAGUUUAUAUUGGAUGUAAUGUAUUUCAACUGAAGCCGCGGUAACCGUACACAGACGGAGUCGGUCAUUCCCGACUUUACUGAAUGGAUUUAAAAGAACCAUGAGUUUUGAACAUAAAAUACAAGAGAUCCUAAUUUUUACUGACACGUGGCUUAUGAAACAUUUAAAAAUGCAUUCACUGAAACGUAAACAAAGAAAAACAAAGAAAAUGAUUUGAUGGUUAUUUAUUUCUAAACAAACCGCAAUCAAUCGCUUAGAAUAUAUAUAACUGAAUUUGGUGUUGGGAUUAUGCGUUGCGCUUUCAUAACAUUUCUAAAACAGCCAAAAACAGCAUCAAAAAACUUUUAAACAAACACGAAAAUAAUAAAUACAGCGUUUCGCUUUCGUUUUGAGAUUGUAGUUAUAUAAGCGUAAGAGAACGUCAAACAUUUUAUUAAUGGUAGCCUGUCUUUCUAAAAUAACAGUUUUGUGUUUUUAUUAGUUUCCAUUAGAGGUCUGCUUUUUGUUGCAAGUCUGUUUGCACUGAAGUAAGGAGCAUGUCAAGAUCCAAUAGCGUAAGUCCACCCGGCGUCGGUGCUCCUGGACCGAGGGGAGGGACCGAGCAUAGAUCUGCUUGGGGCGAGUCCGAGUCCGUUGCCAACGGAUGCCCAUACUCGGCCAGAUCGUCGAGCAAAAAACUCGCGCGCUCGAACAGCAGAUGGAGGGACGACGAAGAUUUCGACCGACCGCCGGGAAGAGCCACCACAACAACGGUCAGUCGGGUCAGUUUCAGGUCCAAGUCGGCGUGGCAAGACUAUGGGGAGGAGAGCCGAAAUAACAACAGGUCGUCCCCAAAGCACGCGGACGGGGAAGUGCGACCAAAGUCUGUGGAGUUAGGUCUGGAGGACAGACGAGGGAAGUCCAAACCUGACGAGGAGCUCGUGCCAGAAGUUCACUUCUCCAUGGUUGCCUGCUGCAGCAGCGUGAUGCAGAUUUUCAGGUCCAAGAAGUUCCAGUCGGAGAAGUUGGAAAGGUUGUACCAGCGCUACUUUUUUCGGCUCAACCAGAGCAGCCUGACGAUGCUCAUGGCAGUGCUAGUGCUCGUCUGCGCGGUCAUGCUAGGAUUCCACUGCGCGGGAGGGAGCUACAGCAAAUCGUACGUGGGGGUCUUCUCGGUGGCUAUUCUGCUUAUCCUCGUCCUGAUGAUUUUAUGUAACAGGAAUGGGUUCCACCAGGACCAUAUGUGGAUCGUCUGCUAUGUGGUCAUAUUGGUCGUGCUGGUGGUUCAGGUGAUCGGGGUGUUCCUCGUGAAGCCCAGAAGUGCCUCGGAGGGGAUAUGGUGGACCGUGUUUUUCAUCCACAUCGUCUACAUACUGCUGCCCGUGCGCAUGAGAGCCGCCGUCAUCACUGGAGUUAUACUGUCCGCCGUACAUGUGGCAAUCUCGUGGAAGCUGAACGAAUUGGACAUCUAUUUAUGGAAGCAGCUGGUGUCCAACGUGCUGAUCUUCUCCUGCACCAACAUCGUGGGGGUGUGCACCCACUACCCAGCCGAGGGCUCCCAGAGGCAGGCCUUCCAGGAGACGCGCGAGUGCAUCCAGGCCCGCCUGCACUCGCAGAGGGAGAACCAGCAGCAGGAACGCCUCUUGCUCUCUGUGCUUCCCCGCCACGUUGCCAUGGAGAUGAAAGCCGACAUCAAUGCCAAGCAGGAAGACAUGAUGUUUCACAAAAUCUACAUCCAGAAACACGACAACGUGAGAACGGCGUGCUUUUUCCGGGAGGCGAUGUUUGCCGAGCUCUUAAUCCGGCGGGGUGGGGGGCCGGUGGAUUAUUCGGGCGGCGCUGUGAUAGCCCUCCUCCGGAAGGAGCGCUGCUAUUUCGGUGACGGCGCUCGCGGGGACGAGCUCUCUCACUCAUAUCUCUCUCUCUCUCUCUCUCUCAGCUCCACUCUGAUGGUGGGAUUCUAUGUGACCUGUCUGAUUCUGCUGCUCGCGGUGAUGUUCGUCACAGCGGUGUACUCCUGCUUCCGGCUGUUCCCAGUGCCUCUGCAGACGCUUUCUAAAAAGAUCGUCCAGUCCAGGAUCAACAGCACGCUGGUGGGAGUCUUCACCAUCAUCCUGGUCUUUCUGUCCGCCUUCAUCAACAUUUUCACCUGCAGCACCAGCGACAUCCGCACCUGCCUGGCCCUGGAGUUCAACGUCAGCAGCGGCAGCGUCAACGCCUGCCACGUCCAUAACUCCGCCCUCAACUACACCCUCCACACGCUGGAGGGGUUCUGCGGGAGCGGCUCCUUCAACUGCAACUUUCCUGAGUACUUCUCCUCCUGUGUGCUCCUGAGUCUGCUGGCCUGCUCAGUCUUCCUGCAGAUCAGCAGCAUUGGGAAGCUCUUCCUCAUGCUCUUCAUCGAGCUGCUGUACAUCCUCAUCCUCGAGGUGCCCGUCGUCAGCCUCUUUGACAACGUGGACCUGCUGGUGACGGCCAACGCCAUGGAGAAUGGAACAUGCUCCGUAGAGAACUCGAGAGUUCCUCUGAAGAUCGUGACGCCCGUGGUGCUGACGGUCUUCGUCCUGGCCCUCUACCUGCAUGCCCAGCAGGUGGAGUCCACUGCCCGGCUGGACUUCCUGUGGAAGCUGCAGGCCACGGAGGAGAAGGAGGAGAUGGAGGAGCUGCAGGCCUACAACCGGCGCCUGCUGCACAACAUCCUGCCCAAGGACGUGGCGGCGCACUUCCUGGCGCGGGAGCGGCGCAACGACGAGCUGUACUACCAGUCCUGCGAGUGCGUGGCCGUCAUGUUCGCCUCCAUCAGCAACUUCUCCGAGUUCUACGUGGAGCUGGAGGCCAACAACGAGGGCGUGGAGUGCCUGAGGCUGCUCAACGAGAUCAUCGCCGACUUCGACGAGAUCAUCAGCGAGGACCAGUUCCGGCAGCUGGAGAAGAUAAAGACCAUCGGCAGCACGUACAUGGCGGCGUCGGGCCUGAACGACUCCACGUACGACCGGGCGGGGCGCACGCACAUCCGCGCGCUGGCCGACUACGCCAUGCGGCUCAUGGACCAGAUGAAGUACAUCAACGAGCACUCCUUCAACAACUUCAAGAUGAAGAUAGGGCUGAACAUGGGCCCCGUGGUGGCGGGCGUCAUCGGGGCGCGGAAGCCGCAGUACGACAUCUGGGGGAACACGGUGAACGUGGCGAGCCGCAUGGACAGCACCGGCGUCCCGGAGCGCAUACAGGUGACCACGGACCUGUACCAGGUACUGAACUCCUAUAACUACACGCUGGAGUGCCGCGGCGUGGUGAAGGUCAAAGGUAAAGGCGAAAUGAUGACUUACUUCCUGAACGGGGGUCCGCCCAGCAGCUAACACCCGAUUGGACGUCGGCGUUCUGUGGGCGUGGCUCCGAUGGCGGAGCAGGCCAGGGACCUAUCUGGCGCUGGGACCUGGAGGAGGCUGUGUGACUGACACAGGCAUGCUCCGCCCCCGUGACACUUGGGUAACACCCCUCUAACCGCAGUGACCUGCCAAUCGUUGGAUCAGGAAGGAAGGAGGCCCCGCCCCUCUGCUGAGGCGGGACACCGAUGGGGGCGUGGCCAGGUUAUCUGAAGAGACCAAAGAAAUUCUACAGACUUGCUGCACAGACGCACGCGCGCACACACACACGCGCACACACACCACACACGCGCACACACAGACACACGCGCACACACACACACACACAGGCUGGCAAACUGAUAAACCCUCGCACGUUUCCUCGGUUUCUACAGACGAGAGAGGAAAUCGAUGCUCCCCGUCGGUCUCGGGCCGAUCUUCAAACGCAGCGCUAGACGCAGGGAGGCGCUCCGCCAUUUUCCCUCAAACGCUUCCCGCCGCAGGAGGAAGCCUGCAGGAAGGACCGUGAGACGCACAUACACACGCAGAACAGUGUGUGUGUGUAUAUGCAAAUGGUCCGUGUACACACAGUCUCGUCCUCUUUGUACGCUGUCGGGUGGUACAGUAACCGCGAUGUCAAAUCCGCGUGUGUGUGUGUGUGUGUGUGGGUGUGUGUGGGUGCAGGCCUACUCUUAAACAAAAUGGCGCACGGUGUCUCAGACGUCAUCAGCCCGUUGUGAACCACUCUCCUGGGCUCAGCGUUUUACCGUCAGACACAAACACGCUUGUGCUCGGGGUGGAGGAGGAGUAGCCGGUGUGGACCCAGUCGGGGGUCUGAGUCACCGGUUUAAACCGGGCUGUCCCGCACUCUUUCACAGCCCCCCUCCCCCACACGCAAACUGAAGACACUUUCAGAUACAAAAAAAAGUCGAUGUAAAGAAGCUUCUUUUUGUAUUUUUUAUUUUUUUUUGUUUUUUUUGUUAUUUUGUAUUUUGACUCCAAAAACAAAAUCUAGCAGAUAUUUGAGAUUCUAUAUUUUGUACAAUAAUAUAGUAGAGAGAAUUGUAUAAGCACCAGUGUGUAUUUGGAUGUACAUAGGUGACAGAAUUGUAUUGCAAUCAUUGCUGUGUUAUUUUGAGGAGGGGGGGGGUGGUGGUCCAUUUUUUUUGGGGGGGGGGGGGUGUAUGAAGCAGUCUCAGAGUGAGCACAGGACCUCCCCCUGUCAGCUUGAAUGUGCUUUUUAAAGAAAACGUUUAUUUUGGACUGCGGCUCCUUCAGACUGCUGCUGUUGCCGGGGGCGAUGAGAACGACAGCGAAUCGAAAUGCAGACGUGCGGAAUCAGACCCGGCGAGUCGAUCGCGGUGUCGGUUCCGGUUCCGGUUGCUUCUGCGUGUCUUACGGGCGUUCGCUGGGGUUCCCUAGCCAGGCCCUGUUUCGGGGGGGGGGGUUGACUCUUAAUCAAAGCUGUUUUAUUUGCACUGCGCUGUAGGUCCACCCCCAGACCCCCCCACAGGUGGAUCAGAUGGUACGACCCGAUGAAUGUGCAAACUUCUCCAGAAAGAGGCCUUUCUGCGGACCCCCCCCAUACCCCCCCCCCCCCCCCCCAAAGCUCCGGUCCUGUAGCCUUGAAUCAGCCCAUUUUAUGCAUCAGUGUUACAAUCCUGCAAAACAAGGCCCCACGUGCAGUCCACCUGCACGGGGAAGAAAAACAAACGUGAUAUGUCAAUAUGUGGUCAAAUAUGAAAUAGAGAAUAUAAAGAAUAUUUAUUUUUUUGAUGUGCCAAGAUAGGGAACCCAUCUUAAAAAAUCGUAUCGCGUGUUGCCACUGUCGUGUGUGACCUCUGUCCAGCAGCUGUGUGAAGAAUACAAGCCCCAGAAGGCCGUAGGGGUACGCUGGGGUUUUUUUUUUGUUUGUUUUGUAUUCACCUUAAAAUCAGGAACCAGUUUAGACCCAAGAACCCAGGUCAGGGGAGUUUGUUUGGUAACCAGCUGCGUUGUGUGUGAAAGCCAGCAGACGCUGGCUCUGCAGGACCCUGCGGUGGGUUGGUUUGCCUUUUUUUUAACACUAGUCUGUCAUAUGUGCAUAAAAUUACACAUGAGUCGAGCACUUUUUAAAUACCUGAAGGUACAUCUUGACGAAUUUGAAACAUCAUUUGGUUUUAGUUUUUUUAUAAGGGUCAGUUUCAUUGUUGGCAUUUAUUUGACCUUAUUUUUCUCCCUUUUUAACGGAAUCACAUUUAUGUGGCUGUGUUAUCUUUUAAAACAUGUCCAGACAUGUUUUGUUGGCGAUGAUGGUUCAUUGGUUGCUGUCUCACAUUCCAAAAGGAAAUAUUAAUUGCAUAGAUGUGAAGGUACGGGAAUGUGGGCAGGUUCAAAGCAGUUUGACUAUACCAAAAAAACAAAAACAUUUUAGUGGCUUCUCAUUCUGUUAAAAAUGUUGGCCUGCCAUGCUUUCAAAAUCACUCUUUGUCACCUUGCUAUUUCACUUUCUGGAAGGUAUCGGCACCGAAGCUUUUCUUGUUGCCAUAUUGUUUCGUUUUUUUCUUGCUCAUUUUCUCGCUGUGAAUGGAAUGUGUUGCUGAUGUUAUGAAGUGAAUCGUGUUCUUUCUGGUGCACAGCAGUGCAGCGUAGCUUCCUGUCCGACACUAACCACACAAACGUUAAUAACGCUGACACAGCGAAACGGUACAGUGGCAGGGAUGUAAUAAGGCUGGAGU